CUCUAUGUUUAUUUUAAUAUGCGUAUAAUUUCUGGUUCGAUGGCAUUUUCAGCCAAAAUAAUUAUAGCGAAGAACUACCCAAUACAAAAUUUUAGAAUUCUAUCUUUUAUAAUUCAGUAGUGACUAAUCCGAACAGAAGAAAACAAACAGAAUAGAUAUGGAGCAAAUACUCGUUAAGGAAGAAAUCGAUAUCCAAAAUGAUUUAUUGUGGAAUAUAGACAUUAAACAAGAAUUAAAUGAGGAAGCACCUAAGACCUUCUUUAAAAAUGAAAUUAAUAACACGGAUAUAAAACAAGAAUUGUGUGACGAAGUGGAUACUGUAAUUUUUCAAAAUGUGAAAAUUAAACAAGAAAUUGAUGAGGAUAUAAACAUGGUGCAAAUAUUGGAAGAAUCUAAGCUCGCAAAUGGAAUGAAGGGAUAUGGGUCUUAUAGAUUUGACAUGCCUAACAUCAGAAGAAAAUUUAAAAGACUUCUAAAAAAUUGGAAACCCUGGAAAGUAAAUACUAUUACUGGGAUUAUGAUAUGUGGGUUAUGUGGACAUUUAUAUACGAAACGUAUAGAAUUACUACACCACUUUUUCACAAAUCAUUGUGUAAAACAGAAGAAAUUGCUAAAUAAAAAGAAAUUCAACCAAAAAAAUGUGAGUUGCAAAAAGGAGGAACAAGUAAUUGACCUUUCUGUGUUCAGAAAUUUAAAGGACAAUGUAAAAAUUGAAAUAGUUGAACAUGAUCUAAAACAAGAUGUCAGCUUAAAUAAUUAUUUCAAUGUAGAACAUCAGGAAUUGAGGAAAAGUGACGGAAAUUGGUGCAAUUACACAGAAGAAAAAUCAUUAAAAUGUGAAAUUCGUUCUAAAUUAUUAGCAAAAUUAAGUGAUUUAGUUAAACACAACAAAAUUCAUGCAAAUGAAAAACCAUUCAAAUGUGAAACUUGUUUCAAACGGUUUACACUUGAAACUAGUUUAGCCAGACACAUGAGCAGUCACACUGGCAAAAAAACAUUUACUUGUAAAGUUUGUUCUAAAUUGCUCAGUUGCAAACGAAAUUUAGUUCAUCACAUGCGCAUUCACACCGGCGAAAAACCAUAUCAAUGUGAAAUUUGUUCCAAAUUGUUCUCAGUUCGAAGCAGCUUAGUUCAACAUAUGCUUUGUCACACUGGGGAGAAGCCAUUCAAAUGUGACAGUUGCACUAAAUUUUUCACUAGAAAAAUAAAUUUAAUAAGCCACACAAAGAGAAUUCAUAGUACUGAAAAGCCUUUCAAAUGUGAAAUUUGUUCAAAAUCUUUCACAGAAUCAAAUUAUUUAUUCAAUCAUAAAAAGAUUCACACAAAUGAAAAAUCGUUUGAAUGCGAAAUUUGUUUCAAACUGUUCCCAGUCCAAAGUAGUUUAGUUAAACAUAUGAGUUUUCACACUAGGGCAAAACCAUUUAAAUGUGAAACUUGUUUGAAAUCUUUCACACUCAAAAGAAGUUUGGUUAAACACAUUCGCAAUCACACUGGUGAAAAACCUUAUUAUCACUGUGAAGUUUGUUACAAAAGUUACACAGCUAAAAGUAGUUUGGUACAACAUAUGUUCGUACAUACAGGAGAAAAACGAUUCAAGUGUGAAAUAUGCUCUAAAUUGUAUUAUAGAAAAAGUAACUUACUAAAACACAUUUACACACAUAGCGUGCGUAAUGACACAGAAGAAAAACCUGACGAAAGACCGUUCAAAUGUGACAGUUGUUCGAAAACUUUCACAAAAUCGAGUUAUUUGAUGAAACACAAACGUAGUCACACCAGCGAACAACGAUUUAAGUGCGAAGUUUGUUCAAAAAUGUUCAAUUAUAGGAGCGAUUUAAUAAGACACGUGCGGGUACACACAGGCGAAAAACCCUUCAAAUGUGAUAUUUGUUCGAAAACUUUUACAAGAUCGAGUUAUUUGACGAUUCACAAACGUAGUCACAUUGGCGGACAACGAUUUAAAUGCAAUACUUGUUAGAAGAUGUACUGUAAACUGUAGAUUUUCAUUCAACUGAUAAUGGGUAUUUCGAGGUGCAUCUGAAACACUAGUAACAAUAAACUAUGGACUAAACUACUCUCUAUUUAUCCAGUAAGACUUAGUAUUCACUAACUUAUAUAAUUUACUUAAAUUCAUUGUUUACUUUUUACUAUUUCGAUAUGACAUCAAAUUAUUCAGACAAACUUGGUCGCAGAUUAACAAGCGAUUAUUUAUACAAAACGAUUUUCUCAAUAAUUCGGUUCUAGAAUUACAAUAAAUAAAAAAUCCGGCUUCACGAUAGUAAAAUAAUCUUAUUACAUAAAUUGAUGUUUAUUUUCUUUCUCUUGUAUUUAUAAUUACAUUACAUGUGUAAUAUAUUCCAUUGUAAAAUAAAUGAAGCGAAAAUUUAAAUAUAAAAUUGAAAGUUUGGAAAAAACAAAUUAUUUAUACCAUACCAUAUACAGAUGAAACAUUU